AUGGUGAUCCAUAUCAAACCUAGGCUUCCUCUGUUCUUGUUCCUUUCACUUUUUGUUCUUGCUUUCUCUGUGUCUUUCACUCUUGGUCAAGAUAGAGAACAGCAAUGUGAAAAACAGUGUCAAGACUUUAAGAGGCCUGUAAUUCAUUCUGAGUGUAUCUACCAAUGCAGGAUGUGGGGGCCCUGGUCGCUUCCUCCGGCGGAAAGUUCUAAUCAUCACAAGAAACAGCAGCAACAUGAGCAGGAGCAGCAAUGCAAGCAGCGUUGCCAAUCGCAGCAUGGCCAUAGGCAGCAGCAGCAAUGUCAGCAAGAGUGUCAUGAGCAAAUUAGGCAACAGAAAGAGCGCGAGGAAAUGCAGCAAAUGUGCCAGCAGCGCUGUGAGAUGCAGGGGAGCGGUGGUCAGCAGCAACAGAGGCAACAGUGCCAAAGACAGUGUGAGCAGCAAGUCGAACAACUCAAGCAGUGCCAGAUACGGUGCCAGAUGCAAGGACAAGGCCAACAACAAGAGCAAUGCCAAAGAACGUGCAGGCAGGAACUUGAAGUCCAGCAACGAAGGCAACAACAAGAACAAGGACCUGGCGCAGGGGACAACAAACUAGAGGAUGAGACACUAAAUGGUGAGCCCAGAAGGCGAUUCGAGCAGUGCCUGCAGGGUUGCGAAAGACAACAGCAGGGUCAGGGAGAACAAGAGCAAUGCCCACGACAGUGCAGGGAACAAUUUGACAAGGAGAAAAGGCAGUACCAGCAGUGCAAGCAGAGUUGCGAAAAGUCAUCACAGCAUGAUGAUGAAAAACGCCAAUGCAAACAACAGUGCAAACAACAGAUAAGUCUGCAGCAGGGAGGAGGUAACCAAGAAGAAGAUGAUGAUGCACUAAAUGGCUCGGGCUAUGGUGGUGCCAAAGAGCGAUUCGAGCAGUGCAAGCUGAGUUGUCAGAGUCAACAAGGUCAGGGACAACAAGAGCAAUGCCCAAAACAGUGCAAGCAACAAUUUGAACAUGAGAAACAUCAGUACAAGCAGUGCAAGCGGGGUUGCGAAAAGCAAGCACUUGAUGAUGAUCAAAAAGAACAAUGCAAACAACAGUGCACACAACAGAUGAGUCAGCAGUAUGGUCAGCAGCAGGAAGGAAGCACAGGAGGAGGUGGUCCGAACCAACAACAAGAGGAGGAGGGGCAGAUGGGGAGUCAGGGUCAGAGCCAGAGCCAGAGCAACAACCCCUUCUACUUCCCAUCACACAGGUUUCAGCCAAGGUUCCAGUCUAAUGAAGGUGGGCUUUAUGUGCUUGAGAGGUUCACCCAGAGACAGAGUGAGAUUCUUCGCGGCAUUAAGAACUACCGCUUGGCCAUCUUUGAGGCAAGGCCUAACACUUUUGUUCUCCCACACCAUUGUAAUGCUGAAGCGAUUUUCGUUGUUCUGAGCGGACAAUGUACUUGUACCCUUUUGAUGCAAGACAGAAAGGAGUCCUUCAACUUGGAACACGGAGAUGUGAUUAGAGUUCCCGCGGGGGCUACUACCUACUUAGUUAACAAUAACAGUGAUGAGACUCUUCGAAUUGCAAAGCUCCUUCAGCCUGUUAACAAUCCUGGCCGAUUUGAGGAAUUCUUCCCUGCCGGUUCCGGAAAUCCUGAGUCAUACUUCAGCGUUUUCAGCAAUGACAUUCUUGAAUCUGCCUUUAAUACCCCAAGAGAGCAGCUAGAGCAUGGCUUUAAGCAGGGCCAGCAGCAGCAGGGCCAAGGCAUAGUCAUGAGAGCCCCAAAAGAGCAACUCCAGGCACUGAGUCAGGCCUCCUCAUCCAGGCGUAGAGGAGACCGUCAGUCUCAGGGUCCAUUCAAUCUGAGACAACAAAGACCUGUGCACUCUAACAACUAUGGCCAGUUCUGUGAGGCUCGGCCGGAGGAGUUCAAUCAGCUCCAGGACAUGGAUGCCUCAGUCAGUUGCAUUGAGAUCAACCAACAAGCUAUGAUGGUGCCACAUUUCAAUUCAAAAGCAACACACUUGAUUAUGGUUGUGGAAGGAAACGGACUUGUUGAAAUGGCCUGCCCAUACUUGGCAAGCCAAAGCCAAGAAAUUAUGGGACAGCAAGAGCAGCAGGGAGAACAGAGUGGAAGGUACAUGAAGGUCACCGCUCAGCUAUCACCUGGUGAUGUUUUUGUGAUCCCGGCUGGUCAUCCUGUUGCCCUUGUUGCCCAAAAUCAGAACCUCCGAAUCCUGGGAUUUGGACUCAAUGCCCAAAGCAACACGAGGAACUUCCUUGCAGGGCAAGAGGACAACAUAAUAAUGCAGAUGGACAGAGAGGCUAGGCAGCUGGCAUUUGGGCCAGAGAUGGAACAAAUUUUCAGCAAGCAGCAGCAAUCUUACUUUGUGCCAACACAGCAGGGAAGAAGCAGAAACCACCACUUGUCUUCAAUUUUGGAGUUUGCUGGCAUGAUCUAA